UAAAGAAAAUUAAAAUUGUUUGAACUUUGGAGAAACAUUUUUUUUUCUUUUGGUUUAGCAAACUUUACUCUUUGAGAAGAAAGAGUGGAAAGGACAAAGACACUGUGGAGUUCCGACGACGACGCGCUUGGAAAGAUCACGACGAAGAAACAAAACGCAAUGUCGUCUUCGUCGUUCACGAGGCUCCACAUUACAGCACUGGACGCUAUCGUGAACGUGAACUCCCUCUUCACCCUCGCCGUCUUCGUCGGCCUCUCUUGGAACCCCAACGACCCCUCUAACAACCUCAACGCCGAUCGCCGCUCGCAUCAACCGCUCCGCCCUCCGCGCUGGCAUGCUCGUCUCCGGCGCUGGCUCUGUUGCUGGAUGCGCCUUCCUUAUGCUCGCACUCGUCAACGUUGUCCAGAUCAAGCUUGGAACACUCGCCUGCGGCAGCUCCCACGCCUACGCCGCCGUCGUACCACUUCUCAUACUCGUCCCCAUCGCCCUCCUCAUUUACGUUUCCGUUGUUUUGUACGCUUUUACUCGCUAGGGUUCUUGUUCUUUUUGUACUUUGUGCUCUGCAAUCACCUUGAAUGAACGGGACUAAUCUGUUUUUGUUUCUUCUUAUUCGAAAAUUAAAUCCUGAAUUUAUUUAUUUAAAUCUUGUUCCGUGAUGUGACUAAUUUUAAUUUAUGUGGUUUUUGUUGUAAUUAUUGUUUUCUUUUGUGCUGAAUUUGUUUGGAAUGAAACACAGUAAGAUGGUGAAUUGGAAAGUUUGGUUGAAUUGGACCAUGUAAUCAUGGUGUUGUAGUUAGUAUCACUUUAAAUGAGGACUGGUGAAGUUAUUAAAUUCA